ACUGCCUCUCACUAGAAAGCUCAGCCAAAAGCCAACUGAACACUAUACGACACCAUCAGUAGCACCAUAGCAUUCAGCCCGCGAAGUGUCUAAAGUGGCAAGUAAACAACAUGGAUUAUCAGCCCCACCCCACUGUCGUUCCGCAUCGCGGUUUCAACCCUGCAGAAGACGCUGAGAUUUUACGCGGCGCUAUGAAGGGAUUCGGUACUGACGAACAAACCAUAAUCGAUAUCCUCACAGCGCGCACUAACAACCAACGCCAAGUUAUCAAGCAGUCGUUCGAACAACAAUAUGAGAGGGAUCUGAUCGAUGACCUCAAAAGUGAAUUGGGUGGCAAUUUCGAAGAUGUGAUAGUGGCUUUGAUGUUACCUCCCGAUGAAUACUUGUGCAAACAAUUGCAUAAAGCCAUGGAGGGAAUGGGAACAAAUGAGUCUACUCUCAUUGAAAUUCUCUGCACCAAAUCUAAUGAGGAAGUCCAGAGAUUAGUCGGUUGCUAUGAGGCUAUGUACGACCGGCCCUUGGCUGAACAUUUGUGCAGCGAAACGUCUGGCCACUUUCGCCGAUUGCUGACCCUAAUUAUAACUGGCGUGAGAGAUGCAGCCGGAACCGUUGACCCAAAUGCGGCUCGAGAAGAUGCAGCUGCCCUUUACAACGCCGGAGAAGCGAAACUGGGAACCGAUGAAGCAGUCUUCAACCGAAUCUUUGCCCAUUCGAGUUUUGCUCAAUUGCGUCUGAUCUUUGAGGAAUACAAGCAAUUAACUGGAAUGACAAUAGAGCAAGCGAUAAAACAUGAGAUGGACGAUUCGCUGCACGAUGCUAUGAUAGCAAUUGUGGAAUGUGUACAGUCCCCCGCUGCUUUCUUUGCCAAGCGAUUGAACGAUGCCAUGGAUGGUAUGGGUACAGAUGAUUCAACGCUGAUUCGAAUUGUUGUUAGUCGAUCAGAAAUUGAUUUGGGCACAAUAAAAGCGGAAUAUGAGCGAAUCUAUGAUAAAACACUAUUUAGUGCUAUUACGAAUGAGACAUCUGGAGAUUAUAAGCGAGCCCUUUGUGCCUUAAUUGGUGGUGCCUGAGAGCCCUAUCAAGAGAGGAGUCAAUUUGUUAAUUCUCAUAAAUUUUCACCGUUUUUAUAUCCAUUACCUCAGUUCAAAUACUUAAAAUUGCAAAGAUUCGUUUGUUUAGUAUUAAUCUCAAUAGUGUGUAUACUAUGUUGAACAUUGUUUUAUUAAAAAGAAGGAAAACAUCACAAA